AUGGCUUCUCACACGAAACAGGACGACUUCUGUCUCGAAUGCCACUGGGAGUCAUUCCAUCUCGACGGCAAAAGUUCGGAAGAUUCCUCCGAGGUGCAGGUGCCUGUAUCGGUGUCACACUGGGAUUGCGCCGACGGGGAACACCAUCAUACCUUCGAGGCUCAUUGCGAUGUCGAUGAAACAUGCUGCGAUGCCGAUAACUGCUCUAUCACUUGUCCAUCAGUAUGCGAUGGCUUUGUUGACUGUAGCGACUCGACGCCGUGCUCUGUAGCUCACUGUGAAGAUACAAACUGCCAUGACGUUGUCCCCGUCUGUUUUGACGAGCAUUGCUUUGAUGGAACGGGUACGGAUCCUACCUUAGAGUCUUUAUUUGGGUUGGGCAUUCCGAUGAGUUCCGAAAAGGAUGAUUUGCUUCCGGCUCCUGUUGAGCAGGAGGACCAGUUGUCCAAAGCCGUUGGACAUCCUGUACCUGAUAUCUCAGAGAACCAGCUAUGCACCGGUCCUUUUUUCACGCCGGACGCGAUAGCCAUAACUCACUGUCAUCCUCACAACUUCGACGACCUUCAUUCUCAUCCCCUUCCGCAGACAACACCCGAUAGUCUAAUACAACAGUCGCUCCCUGUUCAGAACGUCAACCCCGCAGACGUGUUCCACAUGUUAGGAAUGUGUCCGGAUUUCUCAAACCAUUUCCACGUACAUGAAGCCUCAAACUGCCCGGAAAACCUGGAGACCAAACUCGACAGUUCCGCCCCAAAUUCAUUCACAUGUCUCCAUCUCGAUGAAGACAGUGUGAACAACUUGAUAAAAAACUCCUUCCACCUGGAUGGCAUUCCCGCCAGAGGGCCUUGCCGCUCAAACCACCGUUGUCGAACACACUCCCACCCACACGUCCAUCCAUACUCACCUUACUCCCGCCAUUCCCGGUCCAGCUUCAGCUCCCAGCUGCUCCCCAGCCCAGGCGAGACUCCGCCUCCUUUAGACGGUGGCUCAUCAGUCCUCGCAAGCCCCGAGUUUUGUCCAAACGAAAACGCAAUCCACAUCUGCAAAUGGGUCACAAACUGCCGAGGCGUUAAAUUUACCUGUGGAGCAACCUUCCCCAGUGCCUGCGCUCUCCAGGAGCACCUUGUUUCUCGGCAUAUGGGACCAGUGCACGGCGCAAAGGGAACCGGAUACUACUGCUGCUGGGAAGGAUGCAGUCGUCCCGCAGAGCCGUUUUCGCAAAAGUCGAAACUCCAAGGCCAUUUCCUCACACAUAGCAACUACAAAAACUUCCAAUGCUCGGUCUGCGGCAAGCUCUUUGCCCGACAAGCAACCCUAGAGCGACACGAACGGAGCCAUCGCGGUGAGAAACCGUAUAAAUGCUCCGACUGUGGAAAGUCCUUCACGGAUAGCAGUGAGCUGAAAACGCAUUCCCGCACGCACACGGGCGAGAAGCCAUUCAAAUGCACCUUUCCUGGAUGCAAAUUCCAAACUGGCGAUUCAUCAAACAUGUCAAGCCACAGACUUACCCACGGCGAGCGAAGACAUAAAUGUCAAUUUCCCGGGUGCAACAAAAGCUUUACACGGCCUGACCAAUUAAAACGACACAUGAAGUCCACGCAUAAGGAGCACUCGGCUUUCCAGUCUCCAUUACUAAGUGACCAAUUAACGCUCUCUUUUGGCGCAGCUGUAUAG